AUGAAGUUGCCAAGGUCAGUGUCAGAAGGAGAUGUACCCCACCUAUACUCUGACAACGAGACGCAUCCCUCCCCCGCAAUUGGGGUUCUGUGCAUAGGGGCCUUCAUAAAUGCCAGCUGACCUCGAUGAUCGUGGAAUUUUUGAUGCAGCACAACACCGAAAAAGACCUCUGGACCGUCAUCAAUGGCGAUGUUUAUGAGUGAGUAUCCCACACCCUGCCGUCCUUCUGCUCGUGAUAAUCUCGCCGGAUCCCCCCCACUGAUCUCCCCUCACUGCCCCACAUCACAUCCCGUGCCAACCAGCUUGACCAAGUUCAUCGACAUGCACCCGGGCGGCACCAACGUCUUGCUCGCGACAGCUAUCGCAGGAGGUGAUUCAUCCGAAGCCUUCUUCUCCAUGCACCGCUCCGAAGUCUUGACCAAAUACCAACGCCUCAAGAUCGGCCGCGUAUCGGACCCGAAAAGUCGACCGUAUUUACUUCCCAUCGCAGGAGAAUUAUCGCCUGUUCCCAUGGCUGAACCGGGAUGGUUGGUCAAGGAUUUCAGGACACCUUACUACGAUGAUAGUCAUCGGAGGUUGCAGAGGGAGAUGAGGAAGUUCUUUGAUACCGAGGUCAAGCCUGAGGCGAGAGUCAACGAAGGUGCCGCUGAGAGGCCCUCUCAGCGCGUCAUGGAGCUGAUGGGUUCGCCCGAGUGGGAGAUUAGUGAGUGUCCUCCCGAGUGGCUUUUAAACAUCACAGAAUCUCCGUACUAAUGUAUCGCUUUUUCGUUACCUUAGACGCGAUGCGAAUGGGACCCGGACCUCAUCUCCAAGGCCGAAAAUUACCGGGAGGCAUCAAACCCGAGGAGUUCACCUACUUCCACGAGCUCGUCGUCAUCCAGGAGCUCGUACGAGUCGGCGCACCGGGGUACAUGGCCGGUCUCAACGCUGGGAUGGUCAUUGGCCUCCCUCCCGUCCUCAACUUUGGUUCCGAAAAGAUGCGCAAAGAGGUCCUGCCCGACAUCCUGCGAGGGAAAACCAUCAUUUCGCUUGCUAUAUCGGAGGCUGCAGCAGGCUCGGACGUGCAAGGGAUGACGACCAAGGGCACUAAGACGGCCGAUGGAAAGUACUGGGAGGUCACGGGUAACAAGAAGUGGAUCACGUGCGGUCACUAUUCCGACUACUUCAUGACGGGUGUGCGCACCGGUCCCGGGCAAUUGUCCAUGAUGCUCAUUCCUCGCAAGUGCGAGACCCGAGGCGACGGCGUCGACACCCGCAUCAUCAAGACGUCGUACUCUUCGGCGGCAGGAACGGCCUGGGUCACUUUCGACAAGGUUUUGGUCCCCGUUGAGAACGUACUCGGUGGCGAAGGCAAUGGUCUCAAGGUCAUCUUGUCCAACUUUAACCACGAACGAUGGGUCAUCUGCUGCCGCAUCGCUCGCUACUCUCGGGUCAUCUACGAAGAAACCUUUAAAUGGGCCCAUUUGCGUAAAGUCUUUGGCAAGCCUUUGAUCGAACAACCCGUCGUCCGAGCCAAGUUCGCCCUCAUGUUGGCUAAGAUCGAAGCCGGUCAAACUUGGCUCGAGAACUUGACCUUCCAGAUGUGCAACAUGAAGUACGAGCAACAGUCCAAGAUGUUGGCGGGACCGAUGGCGCUUCUCAAGUACUUCUUGUCGAGAUCCCAGGGUGAGAUUGUUGAUGAGGCGGUCCAGAUAUGGGGUGGUCGUGGUAUUACCGCGUCAGGGAUGGGCGUGUACAUCGAGCAGGCGCAACGAACGUAUAAGUUUGACUCGAUCCUCGGUGGUUCCGAAGAGGUUUUGGCUCAGCUCGGUGGUGCGUGUGCUCCUUGUGUGGACUUCGGCCAUGCCGUACUCGCUGAUGUUGACCAUUUUCUCUCGAUCAUGUUCGCAGUCCGUCAGGCGUCCAAGCAAAUGCCUCGCGCCGUCCUCUAA